UACCCAUCGCAGUGGAAGGAGAGAUGGUCUGUACAAAGACAACUUGCUGCUGAGGGGCUGUACCAUCCGCAAUACAGAGGAGUGUGUGGGGAUCGUCAUCUAUGCAGGUCAUGAGACUAAAGCCAUGCUGAACAACAAUGGCCCCCGCUACAAACGCAGUAAACUGGAGAAACAGAUGAACGUGGACGUGGGCUGGUGCGUCAUCAUCCUAUUGGUCAUGUGCCUGUUCUCUGCUAUCGGUCAUGGCUUGUGGAUGUAUCAGUACGGAGAUAAGAGACCCGUGUUUGAUGUCCUUAGUCCUGAAGGAGCCGAGCUGUCACCUGUCCUGUCUGCCAUCUAUCUCUUCCUCACCAUGAUCAUCGUCUUUCAGGUACGCCCUCUCUAUUCUAUUCAAUUCGCUCUCACUCCCUCUCGACCAAUGGGCUUUAUUGAAUAA